CUUCACAGUGUGCACCCAGAAUGAUGUCCUAUGGAGACAGGCUGGGGACCCCAACUGUCUCCCCACUCCCUGUCCGCGGGGGACACAUGAUGCGGGGGCCAGCCUUUGCCUAUGUGCCCAGCCCUCAGGUCCUGCACAGGAUCACAGGGACUUCAGCCUAUGCCUUCCCCACCCUGGGCCCUGUGGCUCUUACAGAGCACAGCUGCCCCUAUGGGGAGGUUCUGGAGCUCCAUGAGCCGCUACCCACCAAGCUGGCCCUGGAGGAGGAGCAGAAGCCAGAGCCCGGGUUAGCCCUGAGACUGCGCCGGGCUGGCACCACGCUGCUCAAGGUGCCCCUGAUGCUCACCUUCCUCUACCUCUUCGUGUGCUCCCUGGAUGUGCUCAGCUCGGCCUUUCAGCUCGCUGGAGGGAAGGUGGCCGGAGACAUCUUCAAGGACAAUGCCAUCUUGUCCAACCCGGUGGCGGGGCUGGUGGUAGGCAUCCUAGUGACCGUGCUGGUGCAGAGCUCUAGCACGUCCACCUCCAUCAUCGUCAGCAUGGUCUCCUCCGGCUUGCUGGAGGUAAACUCUGCCAUCCCCAUCAUCAUGGGCUCCAACAUCGGCACCUCUGUCACCAACACCAUCGUGGCCCUGAUGCAGGCGGGAGAUAGGACCGACUUCCAACGGGCCUUUGCGGGGGCCACAGUGCAUGACUGCUUUAACUGGCUGUCCGUGCUGGUCCUGCUGCCCCUGGAGGCGGCUACUGGCUACCUGCACCACGUCACCCAGCUCGUGGUGGGCUCCUUCAACAUCCGUGGCAGCCAAGACGCCCCGGACCUGCUCAAGGUCAUCACGGAGCCCUUCACGAAGCUGAUCAUCCAGCUGGACAAGUCCGUCAUCACCAGCAUCGCCACUGGUGAUGAGUCCUUGAGGAACCACAGCCUCAUCCGGACCUGGUGCCACCCAGACCCUCUGGAGGCUCACCUCUCCAUGCCCAGGACAGAGGUCAACACUAGCCACCUCCUUGGAAACGCCACCAUGGAGAAAUGCAACCACAUCUUCGUGGACACGCGGCUGCCUGACCUGGCUGUGGGGCUCAUCUUGCUGGCAGGCUCCCUGGUGCUGCUGUGCACCUGCCUCAUCCUCCUUGUUAAGAUGCUCAACUCCCUGCUCAAGGGCCAGGUGGCCAAGGUCAUACAGAAGGUCAUCAACACCGAUUUCCCUUCCCCCUUCACCUGGGUCACAGGCUACUUUGCCAUGGUGGUGGGCGCAGGCAUGACCUUCGUCGUCCAGAGUAGCUCCGUGUUCACCUCCGCCAUUACUCCGCUCAUUGGCCUCGGUGUGAUCAGCAUCGAACGGGCCUACCCACUCACGCUGGGCUCCAACAUCGGCACCACCACCACCGCCAUCUUGGCCGCUCUCGCCAGCCCCAGAGAGAAGCUGUCCAGCUCCUUCCAGAUUGCCCUCUGCCACUUCUUCUUCAAUAUCUCGGGCAUCUUGCUGUGGUACCCGUUGCCUUGCACGCGUCUGCCCAUCCGUAUGGCCAAGGCUCUGGGCAAGCGCACCGCCAAGUACCGCUGGUUCGCCGUCCUCUACCUCCUCGUGUGCUUCCUGCUGCUGCCCUCCCUGGUGUUCGGAAUCUCCAUGGCGGGCUGGCAGGCCAUGGUGGGCGUAGGCACGCCCUUUGGGGCCCUGCUGGCCUUCGUGGGGCUGGUCAACAUCCUGCAGAACCGCAGCCCCGGCCGGCUGCCCGAGUGGCUUCAGACAUGGGACUUUCUGCCACAUUGGAUGCACUCCUUAAAGCCCCUAGACCGCCUCAUCACUCGCGCCACCCUGUGCUGUGCCAGACCUGAGCCCCGCUCACCCCAGAUGCCUGCCAGGGUCUUCCUGGAGGAACUGCCCCCUGCCACGCCCUCUCCCCGCCUCGCGCUGCCUGCUCACCACACUGCCACGCGCCUCUAGG